CUGGGUUCAAACCAGAUGGAGGCUGGACAACGUCUGCCGUCUGCUGCUGCUUAACAACACAGGGACGACAACAGAGACAGCAGAGGACCGUGCAUGGGCAUCAUUACGACGCUGGUCACCGCUGGAAAACGUCCGCCAUGAGUUAAAGGGUAGUUUCACCAACGGUAGAGACCCAUACCAUACGUUAGCUAAAUGAGGGUUAACAGGCUAACGUCAGGUUUAGCUAUCUUCAAGCUGUCUUCAAGUAGCUAACGUUAGCUUUAGUGCUGGCUACAAGUGCUGCCACUAGCGGCUACAGUAGGGCAAGUCAACGACAGCUUGUAGUUGCUAGCCUUUUGAAGUUGCUCAUUGAAUCCUUAUGGCCAUAUGGCAAAAGGCGUAAGCUAGCGUUAACGGCAGCUAGCCGACUAAUUUAGCCUGAGCUGUCAGCCGGUUCCGUUAUAUGCUGUGAACAUAUCUCCACGGUCUGCUCACUCCCUCUGUUUUGGAAACGGCAUGACAGAAUGGCUUUUUAAGUACUUUUUAAUUAGGCUUUUAAGCUAGCAAUGCGUUCUACAUUAUUUCAGAAUCACGUUAGUUUGCCGGCGUCAGAUUGUUGCACUCUGUGGCACAACUCUGCCCUGCCCAGCAGCAUCACUCGUAGCAUUACGCAUAAUGAGUGAUCAUUAUGUAAAAGUCAGUAUUCAACUCGAGGAAAUGAAAUCAUUUGGCGAAGAUGCAGAGAAGGAGGGUGUGGAUACUGAGGAGCAGGUGCCAGUGUGUUCUCCCUCUGCUUCUGUCUCACCACCAGACCCUUCCAGCACCACCAUAGCUGGCAGAGAUGCGUCCAACACCUCCAUCACUUGUAAACAUAGGGGCAAAAGUCGAAGUAAGCUGGAGAAAGAUGACAAGAACUCCUUUGCCAAACACACUUCCGAUGUGUCAUUGCAUGGGACUGUAGUUUCUGCUCAUGUUGGGAGAAAUUUGAAUAGACUAGGACAUGAUCGGACACUUCACAUCAAAGGAACUGGAAAGAUACUACAAGGCAAAUUGGAGACUAAUGGGAACUAUGUAACCGUCCCCCCAUCCAAAAACAUUCAAGAAACACGCCGUGAGGAUGGAUUCAAACAUGCAAGGAAAGGAAGACCAGUGACGGUGGAUAUCUCGAAAGCCAAAACCUCAUUGGAGGCACUGAAGUUAAGCAUCAAACAGCUGAAGUGGAAAGAGUUUCCUCUGGGGAGACGAGCAGCCUGUGAUAUAUACUGGCAUGGCGUUUCCUUCCAUGACAAUGACAACAUCGUCUCAGGGCAGGUGAACAAGUUCCCAGGAAUGAUUGAAAUGCUGAGGAAGAUCAACCUGAGUCGGGCAGUGCGUACUAUGCAAGAGUUGUUCCCUGAAGAGUACGACUUCUAUCCCCGUUCCUGGAUCCUGCCUGAGGAGUGCCAGCAGUUUUCCACACAGAUUCGCAUGGUGAAGGAGAACGAUGCCACAGUAAAUCCCACCUUCAUUGUCAAGCCAGAUGGGGGCUCUCAGGGGGACGGCAUCUACCUCAUUCGUGACCCCAGUGACCUAAAACUCAUGGUGGGUUCACAGGCCAAACAGGCUGUGGUCCAGGAGUACAUCCAGAGGCCCUUACUUAUUGACAAGCUCAAGUUUGACAUCCGCCUCUACGUGCUGUUAAAGUCCCUGGAACCGUUGGAGAUCUACAUUGCUAAGGAAGGCCUGACACGUUUUUGCACCGAGCCCUACCAGGAACCAAGCCAGAAGAAUCUGAGCCAUGUCUUUAUGCACCUGACAAACUACUCGCUCAACGUUCACAGCAGCAACUUUGUCCACUCAGACAGCCAGAACACAGGCAGCAAGCGCACUCUCUCCAGCGUGCUUUACAGGCUGGCAGCUAAAGGCGUCGACAUCAAGAAGGUGUGGUCAGACAUCAUCGCCCUUGUCAUCAAGACUGCCAUUGCUGUGGUACCUGAACUUAGAGUCUACUAUCAGUGUGACAUACCGCCUGGCAAACCGGGACCCACUUGCUUCCAGAUAUUAGGUUUUGACAUCCUGCUGACAAAGAACCUGAAGCCUGUAUUACUUGAGGUCAACUCUAACCCCAGUAUGAGAAUAGAACAUGAACAGGAGGUGGCACCAGGAGUUUUUGAAUAUGUUCCCAGUCCGGUCGACGAAGAGGUCAAAGUCGGUGUGAUCAGGGACACCUUGCGCCUUAUGGACCCUGGCCACAAGAAACCUUCAAUUUCCCAACUGAGGGCUGGUGGGCUCGAACACGGGGAGGAGAUUCCCAUGGAGGCGGAGACACUAGAGAGGAGUCCGGAUGAAGGAGCGCUGCCCUCGCUGUGUCUAAAGCAGGUCUACCCAAAGUACACCAAACAGUUCAACUAUCUGCGGCUGGUGGAGCGGAUCGCAUCUCUGUUCAUACGCUUCCUCGGGGUCAAGGGAAACAUGCGUAUGGGGCCCACCGCCUUCCGAACCUUCAUCAGGACCUGCAAGCUGAGCAACAGUAACUUCUCCAUGGCUUCAGUGGACAUCCUCUACAUAGACAUCACACGUCGUUGGUCAGGAACGAUGCCCGAUUCUAGAGACGCAGGUAUGGGACUACAAGCAUUUGUGGAAGCCUUUUUCUACCUGGCAGGUCGCAGGUUCAAAUCCCUGGUGCUGAGGGAGCAGGUAGUUUCACUACUGCAGCUGUGUGAGACUCAGCUGGAGUCCCAGUCUGGCGUGGAGGAGAGGCGCUCUGUGAGCUGCAGCAGGGCAAUGCCACGGGCCGUCAGGAAUCUGGGCCUCACCAACCCUCAGCUCAACUCUCCGGCUCCGCUGCGAAGGGCGUCCAGCCAGGACUACCGGCUGCAUCAAAGACUCAAACCUCGCACACUCAGGGCCAACGUGGAGAACUGACGAGAGAGGGCUCCAUCUAGGCAUCGCACUCCCAAACACUGCCUUUAGCCUUCUCCACAUAAGCAGGGAAAUUAGAUGUCCUUCUCUCCUCUAAAACUCCCGAGAUGAUGGGAGCUGAGAGAAGGACUUGCUUGACCCCUGCUGACUAGCUGACUUCUCAGACUGAUUGCUUUUUCUUCAGAGGAGGAAGAUGUCUACGGGGGGUGGUUGUUGGAUCAUUUCUUCCUCCCCUCUUGGUUUGAUCAUAUAUGAACAGUGUGGUCCAGUCAGGAGGAGGCUAUGGCUAAUUUAAAUCUAUUUACUGGUUCUACAGGGCAGCUAUCUGCUUCCCUUCACCUUUCUUUGGCAAUACCCACACUGAAAUAAACUUUUUUUCAGGGAUCACAUUAGACGCUCCAGCUUCGCAUUUGAUAGAGUUAAGGGAGUGUCUUUAAUGUGUGUAUGACAUUCUUGAAUUUGCACAACAAAUCUUUGAACUCUUGCAUUUGCACAGUGUGUGUGUGUGUGUGUGUGUGUGUGUGUGUGUGUGUGUGUGUGUGGUGUGGGUGUGUGGUGUGUGUGUGUGUGUGUUGUGUGUGUGUGUGUGUGUGUGUGUGUGUGUGUGUGUGUGUUGUGUGGGUGUGUGUGGUGUUGUGUGUGUGUGUGUGUGUGUGUGUGUGUGUGUGUGUGUGUGUGUGUGUUUUUAGUGGUGAAUGGUGAAAGACGAUUUACAGCCAGUAGCCCAUCUGUGCGUUUUAGCUUCAUGAGUCCAUUAGUGAUGAGUUAAGUGAAUAAGUAUUCAAAGGGAAAAGGCCGUGCCGCCUCUUUUACGCUAUUCCAGUCAGGCAGCCCUCAGACCUCCAGCUAACACAUUUUUUUAGGAUGAUUACUUUGUAGCCACACAACUGCCAUUGGGAAUUAGUUAUUGCAUGGCACAACAUUUUACAAUUUACUCAGAUGCAUUGUUUCAUAAAUGUGAUUCAGUUAGCUUUUGUAAGUUAACCUCAUCCAAUGUGUGAUGUAGCUGCACACAAAAUGACUGCCAACCAGAAAGGUUGUAGAUUGUGGUAGAACGUCAGUUAUUUUUGCAUUAUUUACACUACAGAUAAUCAUCUGAACAUUAAUAUUUGAAUUGUUUGUUUGUUUUACACCAUGACUAUGAAAUGAAUUUAUCACAUGCAGACCAAGAGUGAAGUGUGAUGUUACAUAAAAGAACAAUCAAACUUAUCACUAGAAACAGCUGCAACGUGUGCAGUUGUUUAACAGACGGCGAACUAAACAUGUUUUCUGCUAAUACGUACUGAAUGACUAUCAUAUUUACUGCAGUAUGUAUUUGUUAACAUGAAGUAGAUUUACGAGGUUAUUAACAGUGAUCCAUCAUAAAUAAAAUGUAUUGAUAGUUCUUCAAAAAAUGAAAAUCAUUUUUCUCUUUGAACUGAAUGUGCGUUUUGAUGUGGCCACUACUGUUGUGAUAUUGACCAGAUUUA